AUGUCAAUGAAGUUUACAGAGGUUAUGCUGGGAAAUUUUAAAUUAAAACCAUCAUUUGAAUUUUUAUCAAUGGAUCGUUCAUCGGUACACUCUCUUGAUUGUUAUCAUCCGAGUGAUUUAGUUCAAAAUUUAAGAGAACGAAUGACGGUCCAAAUGACAACGAAAAUCAAUGUGAAUCAACGCCGAAAAGAGAAAAACCGAUGCGUAUUUAUCGUUGAAAAUAAAUCAAAAGCUGAAACCACAAUUGUUCAAUUGAAACUGAAUGAAAAACGUGUACCUUAUUUCUGGUGUUUAUGUGCAGUAUCGAAUUUACACAAGAGAAAAUAUGACUGUUUACAUGUUAUGGCCGUUAAACGACAACAAAACAUUCAUGUUAUUGAACCGAAAGCAAAUUUAUCAAUAUUACGUAAAGCAAGUAAAAUAGAAGCAAGAAUAAAGAAGACGGGAGAAAAGACACCAACAGCAUGGGAUAAAUCUCAUAAAUCAAAUACUGCUAAUCCAAUUAAAAAACGUGCUAAACGUGUAUUAACAGCGAGUGUAAAGAAACGUGCAGUUCUUUCGAUACGUUAUGAUUUAUUGAAUGAAGCUAUAGAACAGAUGUGA